AUAGUUGAAUCUAUCCAGCAAACAUGGCAUUCAAAUUCGUAGUAUUCGCUGCCUUCGUCGCAGUCGCUCGUGCUGGCGUCCUUUCAGGAUACGCCGCCCCCUUGAGCUACGCCGCCCCAGCUGUAGCAAAAGUAGCUUACUCUGCUGCCCCGGCUGUCUCAUACUCCAGCGUAUCAGCCCCAGUAGCCUCCUAUGCCAAAGUUGCUGCCCCAGUCGCCUACUCAGCUCCAGUCUACUCCCACGCCGCUCCAGUAUACGCCCAUGCCGCUCCAGCUGUGAAAGUAGCCGCCCCAAUCGCCUAUGCCGCCCCUAUUGCCAAAGCUAUCGUUGCUGAGGCCCCAGCCAACUACAACUUCGGCUAUUCCGUCAAUGACCCCCACACCGGAGACAGCAAAACCCAACAAGAAUCCAACGACAAUGGUGUUGUCCACGGAAGCUACUCCCUCAUUGAAGCUGACGGAUCCAAACGUAUCGUUGAAUACACCGCUGAUGAUCACAACGGUUUCAAUGCUGUCGUACACAAGGAACCAGGUGCAGUAGCUGUCAAAGCCGUAGCUCCAGUUGUUGCCAAAGUAGCUGCUCCACUUGCCUAUGCUGCACCAGUUGCUCAUGCCUAUGCUGCACCAGUUUCCCAUGCCUAUGCUGCACCAGUUUCCCAUGCCUAUGCUGCACCAGUCGCUCAUGCUUAUGCUGCACCAGCACACACAUACAGCGCCCCAUUAGCCCAUGGUUACGCCUCCCCUUUGUUCAUCGUAUUCGCUGCCUUCAUCGCAGUCGCUCGUGCCGGUGUCCUUUCAGGAUACGCCGCCCCCUUGAGCUACGCCGCCCCAGCUGUAGCUAAAGUAGCUUACUCUGCUGCCCCUGCUGUCUCAUACUCCAGUGUAUCAGCCCCAGUAGCCUCAUAUGCCAAAGUUGCUUCCCCAGUCUACUCCCACGCCGCUCCAGUCUACUCCCAUGCUGCUCCAGUAUACUCCCAUGCCGCUCCAGCUUACUCCUACGCCGCUCCAGCUGUGAAAGUAGCUGCCCCAUUCGCCUAUGCCGCCCCCAUCGCCAAGACCAUCGUUGCUGAGGCCCCAGCCAACUACAAUUUCGGAUAUGCCGUCAAUGACCCCCACACCGGAGACAGCAAAACUCAACAAGAAUCCAACGAGAAUGGUGUUGUCCACGGAAGCUACUCCCUCAUUGAAGCCGACGGAUCCAAACGUAUCGUUGAAUACACCGCUGAUGACCACAACGGUUUCAACGCUGUUGUACACAAGGAACCAGGUGCAGUGGCUGUCAAAGCUGUAGCUCCAGUUGUUGCCAAAGUAGCUGCCCCUCUCGCUUAUGCUGCUCCAGUUGCCCACGCCUAUGCUGCACCAGUAGCUCACGGAUAUGCUGCCCCAUUAGCUCAUGGAUAUGCUGCUCCAGUAUACCACCAUUAAAUUUGAAUUGUGUUC